AUGAUCCGACGCCCCUUCUCCCGUGUCACUCUCAUGGACUUCGAAAUUCUCUAUGGGGCCUUCGUCAGACCGCCCCUGGAAUACGCCAACCAAGUUGUCUACUCAGGACGCACGAAAGAUGUAACCCUCACUGAGCGUGUCCAGCGAGGCGCUACGAGAAUGGUUGCCGGCCUCAAAUCCGUGGACUACGAAACGCGUCGCGCGAUGCUUGAUCUGUUUCCCCUGAAGUAUCGUCGCCUCCGAGGGGACCUAAUGCUUACUUACACCCUGUUUGAACAAGGCCUGGUAAACAUGUUUUUCAACGUUGACCCAGAAAACACACGGCGGGGACUUAGUGAACGACAGCCACUGACCGACAAGAAAAAAGUGACCCGGUGUCAUCGCGCUGCUGGUCCUGACGACCUUCCACCUGCUCUCUUCAAGGAUGGCGGUGGAUUCCUCAGUCAGUGCCUGUCUAGCCUAUUUGGGUUUAUCUGGAAGAAGGAGACCGUCCCAGACAACUGGGGUGAAUCGAUAGUGGUACCCCUUUUCAAAAAGGGCACUCGCAGUGAACGUAGCAACCACAGAGGCGUUAGCUUGACGCCUGUUGUGAUAAGGCUUCUGGCGUCAUUGAUUCUUCGUCGCCUCAUGGCGGCACGCGAAGUCUUGACUCGUGAGAAUCAAGCAGGAUUUCGACCGGGUAGAGGCUGCGUUAACCACAUCUUCACACUCCGUCAGGUGUUAGGGCAACGCCACAUGUACAGACGACCCACGAUCUUGCUAUUCCCCGACUUCAUUGGUGCGUUCGAUUCUGCUGAUCGGUCAGCGCUGUUAACUACACUUGCUCAACAGGGUGAAGAUAUCGAUCGUCUGGCCCUUCGAAUCAGCCUGGCCGAUGACGACGAACAGUUCGAGAAAGUUGUUCAAAAGUCAUUAGUGUGUAUCCUCAAGUAUCUGGCAAUUUAUGAAGAGCACCGCAAAAAGCUGAUGGAACUUCUAGGUGACGUUACCAGGCGGCUGAAGUGUCGCCCGAAUAUACAAAUCCCUGUACACGAACUGUUUGUAACCUACAACGAUUCGUCCAAUCUGGUGUUUCUUAUCAACUUCUCUCAUAUGUACAUCCGGCUGGGCUAUCCCCGUCUUCCAUUUCUGCAGCAAGUCAAAUUGCUCCCCGUUUUGUUUGCCUCGCUUACGGAUGGAAAGCCUGUUUGCCAGCGAGAUGCCGUACAACGAUUAGUUCGCUUCGAUGGAACUGAAGCUGUCAUCCCGGACGGAUUCAAUGCAUAUGAUUUGAGUCGAGUUGUUCAUGACAGGUUUUCGACAAUCACUUCAGCAGAAGAAUUGGAAAAAUACAAGGUUGGGGUGAUUCAGUUCUACUCUCGUCACUUCUUUCCCGCCGAGGAAAGCAUUAUUCCCAUACUGUUCGGCUAUGGUGACACGCGACAUUCGGUGGUCUCGGCUGCUGCGAAGGAGCUCCGGACGCUUAGCAUGCUCGUUGACUGGGAAGAUGAGAUCUUGUUGAGCCGAAUUCUCACGUGGUACCUUGGACGACGAAGGGAAUUUGACCCGAAGGGUCGGAACGAACCACGGCGCCCACUAAGUGCCACAAUGCGUAUCAAAUUAGGUCACUAUCUUCUACGCUCACGUAUCACGUUGCCUGGUCUUCUGGCACCUGGAUUGGUGGAGGCGGCCCUCUUAGCCCUGGAAGCCGGUGCACAUUCACAACCGCCGCCACCUCCUCCGUUAGCUGUGGCGAAUAACAACGGGUCUUAUGCACAUCCACCAACCCAAGGUCUUCCGAAUGGGUCCGAAGUAGUGCAUACCUGUGAAGGUUCGUGCGGACAUCACCUGCCGGCCGCCCGACCGGAUGAAGUCACAGACAACAGCAGCGCUGCCAAUCUACAACCAACCCACCGCUCGGCCACUCUAACCACCUCGAUUGCUCAACGCAAACGACUGGCCGAACACGGACUGGAUCUUCUAGCUCAUCUGAUCAAUAACGUCAGCACUUUGAGCGGACCCGCUUCUGUGGCUGCCCUUCGUUGUCUGAUAAACUUUGUUUAUGAACGAAGUUCUGAUGAGUUGACCGUCACCAAAGCUCGGGGGUUCGAAUUACUCUCCCAGUUUCUCAGUCGUGAUCCACAUUACUUGCUCAAGGACCCUGCACAACUUCCAAGACUUUUUGAUGUUUUAUCUGAGGAGAAUCCAUCGGAGUUGAAGAUGGCGGCUGCCAAUUGCCUCAGAAGAUUGGCCGUGACUUUCCAGGAUGCACAACGUCAGAAUCACCCAGCUCUCCGUGCUCAACUUGGGAAAUUGGAACGUCUGUUAUAUGAAAACAUUGAGAAGCCGGAUCCCCUGUGCCGUUCAGUGGCUGUCAACUUCGCUGGACUCAUCUACCCUUCAGAUCACAUUCCCACGCGUUACUUGAUUCUGCAAGCGCUGGGUGAUAAGGACCCUAAUGUGCGUCGGGAAGCUUGCAUGGCUUUCGAACAAUUCUUGGAUCCGAAUAUCAUUCACGAUAUCGUCUACGGUCGAGUCAAACUACCAUCUUUCGUGGAAUUCGUCAAUCACGACACACAACACUCUCGCAAAAACCCGUUUGUAGAAGUGGAACGUCUGAUCCCAGUGGUUCAGUUUAUUCGUUUGUGUCUCUUGGCUACGCGUGGCGGUCUAACUCCAGCUCAAGAGGCCGGCCUAACCUACGAGACUGAAGACGAGGUACGCUAUCUGGUCAACCAGACUGUUCGUUAUUUCCUGUCAGCGGGUUCCGCUGGCCCUGGGUCGAUUCAGACCCCCAGCGGCCCAGCUGGUGGUCCAUCAGCUACGACCAGUCCAACUGCCGGACCCCUGUCCUCUACCUCAUCCACAUCGAACACCACUUCACAUCAAAUCAAUCCGGAACAGGCUAAACGUAGUAUCGAUACCUAUUUUCGUCUCAUUCAAGUGGUAAUCUUCACACGAUCUCAAAACACAAAAGAAUCCCCAAACUUCCCGAACUAUCUUGAGGAAGUUCUGGUCGGCAAUACGAAAGAGCUGAUCACAUGCAACAAACAGCUGUUCGACCGGAUGAAUAGCGUUCUCCUGGCUACUCCACGAGGGGCCAACUGCAGACAUGCGUGUGCCUCUGUCUACAGUGUGGUUGUCAUGGCUACCGAGACGCCUACUCAAGCUUUACAAACGGCCAAGAACAUGCUGGCUGCUAUUCCUACCCCUGGAAGCCAUCAGCAACAACAUAUAGAUGGAGAGAGUUCACAUGCUGUGCAGGGAAUGUUCAUGGGUGCUGCCUAUCUGCUUGAACGACUGUUCACACGCUAUGUGGCCAUCCAAGGAGCAGCCGAUGCUUCUAGACAAGAUCAAAGCACCGGAACCGUGGCUGCUUCAUCAACAACUGGAAGCAGUGGUCCCACGAGGAAAAGCAAAAAAGAAAAGCACCAGCAACAACAACAAGGCCAACAACAACAGGAGCAGAAGCAGUUGCGGGCAGAUAUUAUCGCGGCGAUAGAGCAGAUGACAGCAGUGCUCAUUGUGGUAUGUGUUUAUCGCUUCAUCACCGUUGCUUUCCAUUUGAUCUCAGCAACCUUCCUUGUCAAGCCCAGUUGUCUUUUCCAUAAUGUGCUGGCAACUACCACAACCAAAGAGAAACGUUCGACCAACGAUAGCGGCUUCUACGUCAAUUCUAGCAUCGCACAGGCCACCGUAGCUGCUAUUCUCGAAGCUCUUAUGAUCGUCACCCGUGCAGGUUGCCUGUCCCAUUUACCUGCUGGCUCACUUCCCAUACCUGGUGGUGCAACCCCGAACUUGGUUUCAUCCAAGGCUGCCAUGGUACAUCGCAUCGCGGUCUAUCUUCCAUCAGCAUCUACUUACGGCACUGGUGUUGGCAGCGGUAGCGGAGAGCUUGCUGGUGCAAUCACCGGUCAGCAACAUGUUGCUCAAGCCGCCCUUCGCGCUUUGGCAGCCUGUUGUAUGGGCGAAGGAACCGAACGUGUACCGGAAUCGGGUGGUAAGGGAUCCGUUAACCCUAAGGAAUCCGAUACACAUGUGACUUCGCACCCACAUACCAUUGCCAUUCUGAAAUUGAUUACCGAUACAGCUGAGAUUAAUGACCCUAGUCUGCAUCUAGCUGUGGGAAUCGCCAUCGCUGAUUGUCUACUGGGACCUGCUUCCCCACUCAAGCGGCAUUGGUACGAACGUGUCUACCCGUUGGUCGUUGUUCCAAAAGCCAUUGAGGCGGCUGUCGCUAGCCCAACUGGUGUGUGGCUUGCCAAACAUUUAGAAGGUCUACUCACACACCGUCCGGGACAGGUGCAGGCGAGACCUGCCACUUUGGCCGCAGCGUUUUGGACUUUGGCUCUUGUGCGACGCAUUGGCCCGUUGCCCAACGCACUGCUAUCGGAUCGGCUAAUUAUUGAUCUUUUAGAAGAGAAAGAUGAAUCUGUUCAGUGUGUUGCCGUGGCAACGUUGGGUCAAAUUUAUGACCGAAGCUCUGAAGAAGUACGAGCUGAGUUGGUCGCCAAUCUGACUCGGGCGAUCGUUGGGAGUGGAAAAAGACAAGGUUCACCAGUCUACAGUGAGUUGUGCAACCUAGCCCAGCAAAUUGGGCGUCCUGAUUUGGCCUUGUCAUUGAUUGUAUUGGCUAUUGCUCCGCCACCCAACACUCGUGCACUCGCUGGCUCGAAUGCUGCAACCAAUGUGGGCUGCUGCUUGGCCGCCAGUGUGACCUAUGCAGGUCUUGUUCGCCGCCUUGGUCGUGCGUUGGCUCCGGCUCUGCCGCGCCUUGUACCGCGCAUUUUCGUCCGCCGCUUCGACCACGCUCGUCCCAAAUUGCGGCAAGCAGUGGAGAAUGUGUGGAUCGGUUUGGUGUCGUAUGCUUCGAGUUUGGUGGCUCCAUCUUCUUCGGCGGCGGCGAACUCAUCGUCUUCGAUUGGUCUGGCUUACUCACAAGCAGCUUCCUCGUCAUCGUCGUCAACAGUUGGACCUACUUCUCAGCAACAACAGUCAUCCGGACUUUGCAGCUCUGGCUCACUACACGGCUUGUCUUCCGAAAUGAUUGAGGCUCACUUCAAUGCGAUUAUAUGUGAAAUAAAAACCCAACUUGGAUUCAACACGGUCAGUGUGACCACCGGGGGAACCAGCGGCGCUAGCCCUGGUCAACAAAGCUCUUCAGAUGCGUCCACCCCAGCUAGCGGACCCUCGACCACCAACCGGGCUGGAAUUACAGGGACGCAGAGUGCGUGUCUAAGGGACGCGUGUUGCUUGGCCAUUGCUAAUUUGACCCACCAUCCGUCAGCCGAUCGACGACUCGCUGGACAUCUUCCUGCCCUACUCUCAGGUCUGUUGGGUCUGUGUGAUGAGUAUGGAACGACUGGGUCCUCCAUUUCGGAGCACACCUCUUCUGGCUUAACUCCUCCGGAGGAGGCUGCAAUAGCAGUGCAAAAGCUCGUAAUUCGUGUCCUGGAGAAUCCAUGUUCGCGUGAAGCCGCUGCCGGAUUACUUCCUGGUCUGUUGCCUGUUAUCAUCGAUCGUGCCCCAUGGUCUUUGACGUCCGUAUCCGAACCGGAUCCUGUCAAAGGUGCUGGACGUGCCUCACAUUUACCCAGUGAAUCUCGUCGUUUGGCCCUUGAGCUACUGCUGGCGGCUGCUCGUACCGCUCGCCCAUCGGCCUUACGACCUGCGCUACCUCAACUCGUGCUCGCGGGUCUGCACACAAUGUCUUCCGUUCAUCCAUCGCUCGUCGCCAGUCUUAUGCGCCAACCUAUUCACCACUUGCACCAACUUCACGCGACAACAACGUCCACCGGUGUUUCGACUGGUGCAUCGGCUAUAACGGUUGCAAACUCGAUGGCCUCCAGCCUGUUACCCACCUGCGCAACAAACAACAAGGAGAUUCAAAUGGCCGAGGUGCUACGUUUGUGUGUUCGCCUCAUUGACGACGUUUGCCUCUCGCGCCUUAUCGUCCCUUUCACUGAGCUUAUUCGAGCCGGUGGCGGGGCAGGCACGGUCACUGUGGGAGCAAGUAAUUCUGGCGGCGGCGGUCGUCUAACGGGCACACGUGAGGCGGCUUCUGUCGCGACAGCCGCGUGCGUAUUCAUUAGCCAUUUAGCCGCAGCCAACGCCAGUGCGAUGGCUGCAUCGGCCGCCUUCAACCGAGCCAACGUGUGCUGUGCUCGCUGUUCGGUGUUUGGUCCCGGAUCAGCGAACGAGCCGGAGCAUAUUGGAAAUGAAAGUCCCAGUGGAUCUCCACAUCAUCCUCUUCAUCCAUCUCCGUGCAACUCCACACAUUCCUCGCCACCAUCCUCGGUGCUUGGCCCAACUCCUCCCACGCCACCAAGUUGUGGACCACUCGAUUCAACUCCGGCCUCCGUCCAUGAGUCUGACGGCCAUCCAGCUCCUCAUCGUUGUUGCCGGGGUGUAAGUCAAAAGCAUGGGACAUCGCUGCUGCAAACUAGUCCGGUACGUGCAGCAGUUCCGGGGACAGGAACUGCCUCUUCCCGCAAUAUUGUCGUCGGUGCUGCUAAUCCAGUCAGUGGCGGUGGUGGAUUCGCAUCGCUGGUCCCCCAUACUGGGAAACUUUUGGCUGCAUUGCUGUCCGCACUUCCUGGUGCUUGUAGGAAUUGGGAUUCGGCUGGAAAGGCAGUGCAGGUUGAAAUGGCUCGUACUUUAGCCAGUUUGCUGAGAUUCGCGAAAGAAACUAGUGUUGCCAAACUAUUCAACCGUGUUCGCACCUGGUACUUACAUCCAGAGCCCGUCACCUGCACGACUGGUUCCUCUUCGCUCUCUGUCAACCACUGGGCUUGUGCCCGCGUCUUACAUGCAGUUGCCCAUCAUUGUCCGGACUUGCUGUAUGCUCACGCGGGAAUCACGUUGCCCCUCAUAUUUCUGAACCGUCAGCCCGAACCAGAAGGAUCCAACUCAGUGGACACCAAAGUUGACUACACAUUGGCUCAUUCGUUGGACGCAAACAACUCCACCACCACCACCACACGGGACACAGACACGACUGAUGAUUUCGAACCGCUGCGUCCGCUUUGGCAAGAAACCUGGGAGGAGCUGCUGGCCAAAAUUCCCACGACCACUGCAUCUUCUUGCACCGGACAACUCUUCUGGCAGUCCAAUCCAGCGACUGCGCUCAAGUUGUUUUCUUCCUCGUCCUGCAGUGUCGUCACGAGUUUCCUGCACAGCCCCUUGCUCGAGCAUUGCACCCAGCUAAUACGUGACGCGUUGUUGGAUUGUCCUAGUUGGACUGUGCAUACCCAAGCUGCACUGGCCGUUCUACAUUUAGCUGCACAACUUAUUGGACAACCGGUAUCCAAUUCUACAACUAAUCGUGCUCGGACGGAACAACAGCGUCCUUGUCCUGCCGGUUCCGAGAACGAACCUAUUGGAUUGAGUGAGGAUGCAGCCCCCACAGCUGGGGGUGGGACAACUGAAACCGCUGAGCAGGACGAGGAAGAGACCGCAGGUGGCAAAGCCAAGGGAAUCGGGGAUGAUCAUGAGUGGACCGUUCAUGCAUGGCUUUCACUAGUACAACUCAUCGCCCAGGGACUGACAAAUAGCAAACCCUGGCCUGGGAAGACCUGUCUCCUUCGGGCUGGUCGUCUCUUGGCCGUAUAUGCUAGAGAACGUGGUUUGGCCAGUGCUCCUUCGCACGAAGCGGUUGUACAACAGCUUUGGUGCGCUCUAGUUCGGGAGACGCGUGUCAAGCGAGCCGAGGCUAUUGGACCGGGUUAUCGUGCUGAGGCCUUCCUCUCGUUGGCUUCGUUUGCGGAAGCUUCGAGCAAAGAUGCCUUGCGCAUUGAUGACGUGGGCGUAGCCGAACAGAACACUGCAGAUGGUGAAUCGGUGGACCGUCUGUCCAGUCUCUUCCUUCUCAUUGUCCCGCAGUGGUCUAAGCGUGGAAAGCAUGGAGACCACGCGAAGACGUUGGUGCUUAACACUGAGUUGAGCGACUCCGAACUCGAAUUGGCCGUUCGUGCUGUCGGAAUUUUGUGGCCAAUGAGACGUAUUGAUGAGCAUCUGAAACGGUUCGCAGAGACUAUCCAGCUAUUGAACUUCGUACUCUCCCACAGCAGUCGACGUGUGCAAGCGGCCAGUCUGGCCAGUGUCCUUGGAAUCAUGGCCAAAUUAACGCCUGAACAGAGCAGCCAACUGGUUGUCAGCGUGGAGAAAACUGGAAAGCCGCUCGUUGAACUGGAGUUGAAGGAUCUGCUCGUUCGCAUCAAACAGGCGGCCGAAAACCCCAAAUCUCAGCUUCUGCGUGAGCACGCUCUCGGCUGUGUGGCUACCCUGUUGCGGCACCCAGCGUUCUUAUCACUCUGUCGUGACCAGGUGACCCAAAUCCUACGCAGCUUUUCCAAUGAUGUUGUGGCCAGCUUGCGUGACUGCUCUGCUGACUUACUGAAAAGCCUGUAACAUCCGACGACACUGGUCACUGCCAACUGAUUGUCUCAUUACAUGCUUGUCUUUGAACGUCUCGGGGUCUUCUACCUCAAUUUCAUGGCCAUUGUUUUCGGCUAAUUGGCACGUGGACAUCACUGAUUCGACCUGGUUGCUUCGCAACUAACUGUCGUCUCAUAUGGGCGAUGUCAUUCCGACCUUGAUUAGUGUGUUAAAUCUCGUCGUAAUCAGUCUUCCGUAUUCAUUUUUCUUAUCAUCAUCUGGUCCCGUG